UCGGUUUAGUCGCAUAAGUUUUGUUUUGCCUGAUUUAGUACAACAUUACAACUUUGGCUCGCCACUUGAUUCUGUGUUGGAAAAUUCUCCUGAUUUUCAGUCGAAAGGGAAAGUCACCCAGCAUGAGUGCUUUUUGACUGUUUGGAACAUUUUUAAACAUUACGUUAAAACGUUGUUGAUACUUACUGAAAUAUUGUUUUGUUUAACAAAUAAUAACAUAAUCACUAUAAUACUGUCAAUAUAAUACUACGCGAAGGGGAACGAAAAUCCAACUAUAAUACAAAUGUAAUAAAAUAAAAAGCGACAACGAUAACAACUUAUUUGCGAUUAGUUAACCCUUUAUUUCAAACAUUCUUAUCAUAAAUAAAUAAUGAUUUGAAUAUAAUUUACGCAACCAAUUCUACGACAAAAAUUUAUAACAUCAACUACUACAACAACAAAAGAAAAUAGUACAACAAAUUAAAGUUAACUUUCAGUUGUAUGAAAAAACAAAAGUGAUUUUUAGUUAGUUUCUCAAAAUUUAACAAACAAAAUUCACAACCAAAUUUGGAAUACAACAACUACAAACACCGCAACAACAACUACAGCAAUAACAGCAACAACUACAACCACUGCAACAAACAACAACAAACAACCAACCGAUAACAACUGCAAAAUCAAGAAACUAAUAAAACAAUAAAUAAAAAAGAUAAAAGCAUAAAAAUAAUAUAUGAAAAUUGUAACCAUAAUAGAGAACCUAACUAAACAACCUAAAAAGAGAAGUAAAUCAAAGCGCAACAAAUAACAAACUACACAACCAAAAGGAAACAGCCAACAAGCCAGCAGAAACAAAUCAAAGCAAACAAACAAAAAUAGCCACACGAAAUAGCCAACGAAAAAUAGAAAGGAAUAACAACAAAGCAAAGCAACCGAAAUCGAAACAAAAUCACAACCAGAAAUAGCCUUACAACCCGCCUCCAACCAAGUCCAACCCAAUAGCAGAAUUCAAGAUAUUAACCGAUAACUGAAACCGAUAACAGGAUAACAAAUAGAAAAUAGAGCAACGAAACAGAAACAGAAAAUGCAACAGCAGAAGUGAAAACUAAAAUUCAAAACCAAAAGCCAAUUGAAAAAAAGAAACAAAUCAAAAAGGAAAUAGCCAAAAUUUGUUAAAUUUAUUUUGUGUGUUUUUAACGGAAAAAAAGCAAAACUUCAACAAAAAUCGAAUGGACAUAUGCAAAUCAAAAAGCUGAAAAUGUUUGUCGUUUAUAAAAUUGAACUUUUGUGUUAAGGUUUUCAUAUUAGUCCUUAAAUUUUGCGUUCGUCAAAAAAGCGGUCGAGAAAACGUUCUGAAAAACUCUUAAAUGAAUCAAGCUGAGAAACACUUUAUAAACUUUGAGAGGUGAAGCAAUCGAAAUAAGGAAGAAAGCGGCAAAAAACCAUUUCGCAAGUGAAGAGCAGCAAACUGUAGAAAACAGUUUUGUGCCAAAGUUGCGCAAUCACAAGUGUACAUUUGUGUAUGUGUGUGUGGAACGUGCGAGUGCUAGAAGUUCACGUUAUACCAAGAAGGAGAUAAAUCGAAUCGAAGAACAUCACUAUAUCAAUAUAUAUCCACAUACAAAUUAUCUAAAAUUGUUCAUAUCGUGGCAAAAGCUAUAUAUGAUCUAAAAGCAUGUAAAAUCUGUUUUUGAAAGCAUUUCGUACUUACAAAAAUUAACCUAACAUUAGUAGUGAGAAAAAGAUAAACAAAAACAAAAUAAAAUUCCAUUCAGAUAGGAAGAACAUUCUAGGCUAAAAAUCAAUUUAUUAUACUAAUAACGGUAACACGCGCUUCUGAGAACCUUACAAGUUCAGAGGAGACAAAAAGACGUCGUAUUUCUGGUAUAAGUCAGCGAUCCCUACACACCCAUUAGCAUCGUAGCAAAAAAAUCCUAUCGAGGGAGUAAUCUUUGCAUGUCAAUUUGUUGAUCCAAAGGAAAAUCGCAUCAAUUAAACAUCUUUGAGACCCGUUUUAGACCAACAAAGACAAAGGAUAAAAUUUCAUUUUAAGUAAAAAGCAAGCGUAACGGCUUCCGGAUAAGCGGAGGAACCAACCACAAAAACAAGUUUAUAAACCAAAAUAAUUAAAUGAGACACUUAAGAAGAAAGGAAUUUAAAAUUUGAUCAACAUGAAGAGAAACAAAUAACCAGCAGUGAGCACAGUGGCGACAAGCCAAGCACAUCUGAGAAAGCCAGGAUAACCCCGACAACCGAAAAUGUGCAUCAGAAGUCAGUAAGCAGGGACUUCGAAGUUCGAACCAAUCGAAAGCGACUUAAGAGCCACAGAGCCAGGCGAAUCUAGAAAGCCAAGAACAGCCAUUACCUACAAAUAACCAAGCGACCAGAGGGACAGCAGCAAUGGCCAUCAACUUCUCGGCUUCCUUUGCGGCCUGCAUAGCAGCCGGACUGAAGGUGCCGCGCCAGAUAAUGUACUGCAUCACCCAGGACACGGGCCAGCCGUACGUGCUCUACAAGGACUCGCAGGACGCGGAGCGCAACCCCGCAGCCAUCGGCGCCAGUCCCGCCCAGUGGGGCAGCGACAUGUACCCCAACAUCCAGCAGCAGGCCCAGCAGCACCUCACCGCCCAGCAGCAGCAACAGCAGCAGCAGCAGCAGCAGAACGCGGCCCAGGCGGCUGCGCAGGCGGCAGCGGUGGCCGCAGCGGCGGGACAGCCGCAGAGUCCUCCUGGCGGCGGUCAGGAGGCCCGGGACAACGGCAGCGGCGACGGUCGCCAGCAGCAGGUGUCGCCCUCCUCGAGCCCGUACCCCUCGGUGCAGCAGCAGCAGCAGCAGCGGGCCAACGGGGCAGGCGACGAGGACCCCAUGAGCCAGCAGCUGGCCAACCAGCAGAACUCGGCGCCCAACCAGAACCAAAGCAGCAACGACCCCCAGCACUCGGGCUCCAAUGCGGGCGAGCCGGGCAACCCACACGUCCAGCAGAACGGCGGACCCCAGAGCGACCCGGGCAACGGGUUCCAGACCCCGGACUACUACGCCCCCCGCCACGCGGCGCCGCAGGGAGGGAUGCUGGCGCCCCCCGGCUUCCCGCCGCUCCACUAUCUCAACAAGGGCGUGCUGCCCAUGGAGCAGUCCGGCGGAGGAGGCGCCGGAGGGGGCGGCGGCGGCGGCGAGGCGUACGCGCUGCCCGAGCUGCUGCCCGCCCAGCAGAACGGCCAGCAGAGCGCCGGGCCGGCGAACGCCAAUGCCAAUGAAGGCGGGGCCGGGGCCAACGGGGCCGCCGGAGUGGGCGGGGCGACGGGAGCGGGCGUGGGCGUGGGCUCUGUGGGCGUGACGAGCGGCGGGAGGACUGGCAACGGCCCGGGACGCCCGCACAAGAACAAGCCGCACAGCGACCUGCGGCUGUUCAAGUGCCUCACCUGCGGCAAGGACUUCAAGCAGAAGAGCACGCUGCUGCAGCACGACCGCAUCCACACGGACGCCCGCCCGUUCCCGUGCUCGGAGUGCGGCAAGCGCUUCCGCCAGCAGUCGCACCUCACGCAGCACCUGCGCAUCCACGCCAACGAAAAGCCCUUCACCUGCCCGUACUGCUCGCGCAGCUUCCGGCAGCGCGCCAUUCUCAACCAGCACAUACGCAUCCAUUCGGGUGAGAAGCCCUUCGCCUGCCCCGAGUGCGGCAAGCACUUUCGCCAGAAGGCCAUCCUCAAUCAGCAUGUGCGCACCCACCAAGACGUCUCGCCGCACCUCAUCUUCAAGAACGGGCCGCACCCGACGCUGUGGCCCUCGGACGUGCCCUUCCCCGGCGAGGACAACGACACCAAGGGGGACAUCGCCGGCACGGGCGGUGGCUACCACGACGAGGAUUCGCAGGGAACGCCGGACGGCAGCGGCGGCAUGCACUACCCCUCGUACUUCAAGGACGGCAAGGGCCAAAAGAUACUGCCCGAGGUGCUGCAGCACAUCGGCGUCCGGCCGGCGAACAUGCCGCUCUACGUGCGGUGCCCCAUCUGCGACAAGGAGUUCAAGCAGAAGACGACGCUGCUGCAGCACGGCUGCAUCCACAUCGAGUCGCGACCCUAUCCCUGCCCGGAGUGCGGCAAGCGCUUCCGCCAGCAGUCGCACCUCACGCAGCACCUGCGCAUCCACACCAACGAGAAGCCCUUCGGCUGCAUGUACUGUCCGCGCUUCUUCCGCCAGCGGACCAUCCUCAACCAGCACUUGCGCAUCCACACCGGCGAGAAGCCGUACAAGUGCGGCCAGUGCGGCAAGGACUUCCGGCAGAAGGCCAUCCUGGACCAGCACACGCGCACCCACCAGGGGGAUCGGCCCUUCUGCUGCCCGAUGCCCAACUGCCGUCGGCGCUUCGCGACGGAGAACGAGGUGACCAAGCACAUCGAUAACCACAUGAACCCCAACACCACCAAGGUGCGUCGCCAGCAGCAGCAGCAACACCAGCAGCAGCAGCAACAGCAGCAGCAGCAGCAGCAGCAGCAACAGCAACAACAGCAGAACAACAACGCGGUCGCCCAGGUGGCCUCGGUGGCCAAUCACCUGAUGAACGACGCCAAGAGCCUGGCGGCCCAGCAGUUCCUCAACAACAACAACCCGUCGGCGGUGGACAACAAGGCGAACAUUCUUCCGGUGCGCAGCAUAGCGUCCAACGCGGCGGCCGCCGCCGUCGUCCAGCAGUCGGUGGUGAAGAACGAGCUGUACUUCCCGCAGUGCUACGGGCCGCCCUUCCAGCAUCCCUUCCAGACGCAGCAGCAGGCCCAGCAGCCCAGCGUGGCGCACGCCAACGGAGGACCCACGCCGCCGGUGACCGUGACGGUGGCCAACUCGGUGGCCCCCGGCGUCGUCGUCCAGCAGAACGCCUCCGCCUCCGUGGUGGCCCAGUGACAUCCCACCACUGGAGCAGCUGGGGCACAACAACAACAACAACAACAGCAGCAGCAGCAACAGUCGUCGGCGGCGCAGCAGCAACACCACCCGCCGCCGCCUCCGCCGCCCACGUCGUCCGCCCACCACAUAGCAGCAGCAGCCGCCGCCGUCACCGCGGCCACGCCCUCAUCCGCCCACGCAUCGCCCGUGGCGGCGCCGCAGACUGUGACGCUGUCGAUCACGCUGCCGCCGCCGCCGCCGGCCACCCACGCGGUCCACCCGGGCCAUCCGGGGCAUCCAGGCCAUCCGGGAGUGGCGAACGGGGCCGCGCCCCCGCCGCCCCCUACUCUGUCACACGCGAUUCCCAUUCAUCCACACAUACACUCGAUAUUCGGAUCACUAUGAUGUCAUCAGUAGGAGAGACAGCAGCAGGAGCAGCAAUAGGAGGAGGAGCAGGAGGAGGAGGAGGCAGGAACUCAAAGUCGAGGAACACACACUGUACACCAUACGUCAUAGGUUCGAUAAGUUCUCUAGUUUUAGACACACACUUACAAAUUCUCCUAGUUUUUAAAACUAAUCUCAAACCACAAAACACAGUUUUGGUAAUGGCGACCGAACGGACGAGCCGCGAGGAUCCGAGCAGAGGGGACGCAUCCGGGCAAACAGGACGAGUACUAGUCUUUUUGAAAAGGACUCUAAACUCCUUUGAUAUAAACCAUAAACAUGAAAUGCGAGUGGUGGACGUUUGAGAGAAGCGCAGUGCAGAAUGAGGAGAGCCGAGAGCCAAACACAACGUUAUACGAUUCCUUUUGAUAAUUUUUUUAAGCACCACUUUAAGAAUCUUAAAGACUACAAACACAUCAAAUAUUUAUAUGUACACAAGCACACGGACACUCGAGUGGAUGCAAAGUUCGCCAGCCUUGAUCCUAUACAAUCGACCGAAGAUAUACGAUUUAGGCGUGAAGUUAGGGUAACUCAGAUGCAAUGAGUCUGGACAUGCGACGUGAUAGAUAUGGCAGCUAGGAUCUGUUUGGGGGCAAACAAUGGGGUCGGAAAUCGAAGAAGGGGAAACGCGGACGUUGGCGCUGAGCAAUUUGUUUUCGAAGCAGCAUCUCUAAAUUUUAGUUCUGUAUUUUAGAUAUGUUGGUGAAUUAGAAUUUAUGUUUGACAAAUACGAUUGAUCGGCUAUCGCUGAGCGAGUAGCUUGGCUAAGCCAAGGGAAUUUGCACCGCAAGGCCACGAAACUUUUAUUAGAAAUUUCUUUUUCAUUUCAAUUGACAUGUGAUUUUUAAAAGUGUAUAAAAUAAUACUGGAAUGCAAUUUAAAGAUACGAAAAAUCAAAUUUAAGGCGUAAUCCAUAAGUACUUUGACCUAGGAUUCAUUUGUUGUCUUCCCCAACUAAUUAUGUGUAGUUUAUGUUGAAUUUUUAUUUAGUAAUUAGGCAUACGUUGAACCCAAAUAUGUCCACACAAUUGCACACCCACGGGGCAGGCAGAAGAAAUGAGCGAGGAACAUCAUGUUUAUAUAUCAGGCAAUUCAAAUGUGACUCUUCAGGUGCCAUACAAAUGAACAAUAGUCAAAACCUAAUGGAUAAACACUUACCAUGCUUCCGACCUAUACUAUAUACUAUCUGAUCCAACAUAUACAACCACCCGACCCCCACCAUCUAAGUUCUUCCCCUGCCAACUGUGUGGAUAUAACCGACAAAUUUAGUUUCUUAUCAAAUUUUCCAAUGUACCGUCAAAGCAUUUAUGAUUGUUAUUAAUCUUUUAGUAUAUGUUUUCUACAUAUUUAUAUAUAAAAGUAUAUAUAUAUUUUAUGUAAUGUAAAAAAUCGAGAAGGAUCAGAAAUUAACUUUAGAUUAGCCGCUUCACCUUAUCAAUUAUCUACUCAUUAUUUAAGAAAUUUAGCGAUUAGUCAAAUUAGUUUCUAUUGAAAUCAAAGCAAGAGCUUCGAAUACGACUUGUUUUCACUUUUUAGAACUUGAAGAUUAUCAAAUUUGUUUGAACUUAUUAUUUAAUUAUUUCAAUAAAACUAUUAUAUGAUUUA